AUGGCGUCCGCGACUCGUCUCCCAUUAAAGUCAAUUCUCCUUGCAACCUCACUCGUUCUUGGCGUCAGCGCAUCCCGCAUUCAACUGCGAUCUGCCGUCCUUAACACGCUCACCGGCCCAGGCAAAUACUCAAGAAUCGCUGUUAUACUAGUAAUCUUCGCAAACAUCAAGAAUGUCCCGUUUGUAUGGCAUUAUAGAGUAUGGUCCGCCAUCCUGCGCCACUGUCUCUUCAGCAAACCCCAAAUCCCCGCAGACCUAGCAACAUCGAGUCUCUUCCUCCCAGUGAUAUCGAGCUCCCGAUCUCCACUAUACGAAUCCGACUACAAUUUUCAUAAAUCCAACUCCACAUACUUCUCCGACCUGGAUGUUACCCGCUCACACCUGGUUUGCUGCCUACUGCAGCCGGGUAUCGAGCGCCUGCAACACAAUCUACGCACGAAGCUCGUAUUAGAUAAAGAGGGCAACGCCGUGUCGGGAAGAUGGGGCAUUAUGCUCGGCAGCGUGAUGUGCAGUUUCAAGAGGGAGAUUGGCAUGUACCAGAGUUAUGAGAUGUGGUCGCGGGUAUUGUGCUGGGAUCGCAAAUGGAUCUACAUCGUGACGCAUUUUGUGAAGAAGGGGACCUGCAAACCGACCGCCUAUAUACUUAAUGACGGAAGCUGGUUUGGGAAGAAGGGGUAUAAGAAGGUCAAGGGUGAUGGCAGGGUGAGAGACGCUGAGUUCGACGAGAAAGCUAUUUUCGCGAGCGCCGUUAGCAAGUAUGUUGUCAAAUUGGGGCGAUUGACAGUUCAUCCUGAGGUUCUUUUACAAGCUUCGGGAGUGUUGCCACCGAGACCUGGGGGAUGGGCGACCAUGAGUGGACCUUCUGGGGAAUCGACGCCUGAAAUUGUUGAAGUUGAAACCAACGGAACUGCGGAAGUUGGUGAGGCGACCGAGGACAGCGACUGGAAGAAGGUUGAGGCGGAGAACAAGAAGGGGCUCAAGUUUGCGGAGCAUUUUGCUGCGAUGGAUGCUUUGCAUCAUGAGUUUUCCGGAAGUCAAGGACCGGCUUUGGGAAGAUAUACUACGGGACUUCUAUGGUAG